ACGAUCCCUUUGCUUCGUCCUACGAAUCACAGCCGAUUGGAUGCCACUAUGCUCUCCUCCCUCCGCCGACGCCCCUUCGCCCCUCCACUCCCCUCCGCCGAGCUCCUUCCGAUCCGUUUCUCCCGUUUCCGCUCAUCCCCACCUCCUCCGCUGCCUUCUGCACCACCGCCCCCUUCGAUGGUGUCAUCAGCGGGGAUUAUCCUACUGCGUCCGAAAAGGAUGGAGAUACGGUGGGAUACCGACACACCGACGCGUACAAGGCGAUCCAGCUCGUGAGCAUUCGGUCGUGAAGGUGUUCACUGUUUCCAGCAGCCCCAAUUUCUUCAUGCCGUGGCAGAGGAAGGUGCAGAGGGAGAUCUUCGGUUCUGGAUUUGCAAUUCCUGGGCGGCAAAUUGUUACUAAUGCUCAUGUAGUUGCUGAUCACACAUAUGCACUGGUAAGAAAGCAUGGUUCACCAACCAAGUACAAGGCAGAAGUUCAAGCUAUCGGUCAUGAAUAUGAUUUAGCUCUUCUCACUGUGGAAAAUGAGGAAUUUUGGGAUGGUAUGAUUUUUCUGCAGCUGAGUGACAUUCCUUAUAUACAAGAAGUUGCUGUUGUUGGUUACCCUCAAGGUGGAGACAACAUUUCUGUUACCAAAGGCGUGGUAUCUAGAGUAGAACCAACACAAUAUGUUCAUGGUGCUACCCAGCUAAUGGCCAUACAAAUUGAUGCAGCUAUUAACCCAGGAAACAGUGGAGGACCAGCAAUAAUGGGUGACAAAGUUGCUGGAGUUGCUUUUCAGAACCUUUCAGGUGGGGUACAUUAUUCCUGUUCCAAUUAUCAAACACUUCAUUUCUAGAGUGGAAGAGAAGGGUGAAUAUGUGGGAUUUUGCUCUCUUGGAGUGUCAUGCCAACCUACAGAAAAUUGUUAUCUUCAGAGUUACUUCUGCAUAAAGCAAGAUAUGACCGGUGUUCUUGUUAAUAAAAUCAAUCCUCUAUCACAUGCUCAAACAAUGUUGAAGAAAGAUGAUAUCAUCCUUAAAUUUGAUGGAGUGCCAUUGCAAGUGAUGGAAGUGUACCAUUUUGAAACAGAGAGAGAGUACCUUUCGAUCACCUUGUGUCUAUGAAGAAACCAGGGGAAACAGUCUUCUCCAUGUAUUGAGAGAUGGGAAAGAGCAUCAGUUCAAUGUUUCUCUUCAACCAGUAAGUUCAUUACUAAUUUCUAUUGCAGUUUUAUGUGUAAAUGGCUAUUCUAGUUGUUCGAGACCCUAAAAUUUAAUGAUUCCUGAAAAAAGUGGCUAACCUUCUAAUGGAAGAGUGGAAUUAUGAAUUUUUUAAUAUUAAAAAAAAUGUAACUCAAGAUAUUAAUUUUGAUUGUUAAUUCUUAUUUAAUAACUCAUUCAUUAAGGGAAGGCCCUUGAUACUAAUAAAUGUAUUUUGCGAUUAGUUCAUUGAUUCUAUGGAUAUUUUUCUCUUCUCUAUCAUGAACCACAUGCUGGAAAGAAACUUAGAAAUUCUGGUGAACCUGAGCAAGUUUAUUUAGACGAAGAGAAAGUCAUCAUUUUUAACUACAACAACGCGCGGCUUGCUACACCCAGAAUUCUGAAGCGCCACAGAAUACCUUCAGCUGUGUCGAGUGUUCUAGUCGACGAACAAGAAACCAUGCAAUGGUGAAACUGCAGUCGCAUCCUCAACUUGACUUCAUUGUGUACAUCUCUUCUUUAGAAUUUUGAAGGCAUUAACCAUUCAAACCUCGAAGUUGAAAGAUUCUUUUCCCUUAAAAGGGCAUGUUUCUUAGCAGGGAAAGAAACUAGGUUGAGGGAAGUCUAAAAAUAGGAUUAAUAUUUAGAUUAUUUGUUAUUAUUGAUAUGUAGACGUUAAAUAAUCUGUUUUAAUUAGUUUAGAUGGCGAAUUAAUACCUAUUUGCAAUUGAUUUUAAUUUGUUUUAAUUU